AUACUGUCCAUUGGGGAAACCGAAUGGAGGCCAUCUACAUCACAGAGAAACAAUUGAGUUCGUAUCAGCUCAAAAAUACUAAGUAAUUAUAUUCUACUUAUACAGUUGAUUUACGUUACUGGCGAGGAAAGCUCAAUCGUGCACAUUCUGAAGUUCGCUGGACUUUUCUUGCUCUUUACGGGAGACAACGUUUAGUUCCCCCUUGUUUAUAUUGUGCAAGCAGAGCUUGAGCAGGAGGCCCCGGCUGGCAGUGGAGGAGAAGCGGCCGCCUCGCCUCCGAGUGGGAGUUGAGUGGUUCGGCCUUGUUGUGCACCAAAGAAUAUGAAACAUAUGUCACAAUGACCUCAAGAUUCUACAAAACAUACAGCCGGAAGGGAGGCGAUGGUACCUCCAAGUUCGACGAGGUCUUCGCUAACAAGAAGACCAUGAGCACCAAGUGGGGCGAGACCACCUAUCGGGCCAAAGUUACCUCCAAGCGGCCCGGUCUCGCGGUCGACAAGUCCGAGUUGUCCAAGCGGUCGCGCCUGACUGUCGAUGACAGCUCUGAAGACCCUUUUGGCUUUGACAGCGAUGACGAGUCCAAGCCCAAGCCCGUGUCGUCUAGGAGCAGCGGAGGUGGAAGCGGAGGUGGUGGUGGUCAGAACCGGCUCUCACCGGCCCGUGCAGAGAGAACCCCCAGCCUCACGCUGGAGCCCAACAGCAGGGUGAGCCAACCGGCCAGCGUGGAGGCGGUGGCCCCCAGCCGAGGGUCCUCAGGGCUGGGCAGUGACCGGAGCUCGCACAGGGUGCCAGAGGACCCCAGCCUGAUCUUCAGCACCAGCUCCGUGGGUAAGAGAGAAGCUUCCGUGAACAACACACCAACUUGUCUGAGUCACACUAGCGCCCCCUCCUGGCUGCCCGACGACUCCUCCGACCGCCACAUGAACUGGUACAAGAACGCGUCGGAGAGCGACCGGCGCCCGCACGCCCAGACCACCACGCUCCGCUCCGAGACGCUGGGCUCGCGGCAGGACGCCUGGGACCUGCUGGUGGGCCUCCAGUCCUCGUCCAUCUCCACGCCUGCCCCGCCAGAGGCCCCCGCCCCACGGGAGCCCUUCUCCUGGGCGCUGGCCAGCCGGGCCACCACCACCACCACCAGCACCAACACCAGCGGCGAGCAGUGGGGACCAGACCCGGGCCUUCGGCAGGAGCAGUGGGACCGCAGACCGGACACUCGGCAGGAGCCGCUGGAGCCCACAGAGACGUUGGAGCAGGAGGGACUUUUCAGAAGUCGUACUUCGGGCUGCAGCUGGCAGCAACAACUACCCGGACGUGCAGGGCGGCCCAACAAGGGCAAGCCCUCGGGCACGGACGCUCUGGAGGCCGCUGGCAGGGCGGUCGUCGUCACGGGGACCGCGGGGUCAGAGGUCACUCAGGCGCUGCACGCAGGCCGCGGGGGGCAGACGGGGCGGACGCGGGACUUCACCGUGCUGCACCCCUCCUCUCUGUCGGCCUGUAACGUCACCAUCCAGGACCAGAUCGACCGCAGCGUCGACCUCACCUCAGACCUGGGCUCUGGAGGAGGCGCCGUGGCAACAGGGGUCACUACGGUGGUGGAUCCCGGCGAGGCCGGACGCCUCAGGAAGAAGGGAGAGAUUCCAACCACCAAAUCCGCAAGUAAGUCCAAGCCGGCUCAGUCCAAAUCCAAGAAGGGGGACUCCAGGCUUGACCUCUUUGGCUUCGACGAUGCGGACGCCCCUGGUGACGACCCUAAUGACCCGCUGGUGAACUUUGGCUCCAGCUACAAGAUCCAGUACUUUGGGUUCGAUGACCUCAGCGAGAGUGACGAAGACGAGGACGUCGAUUCGCCCGCUGCGCAGAGGAGGAGGGAGAGGAAGAGGGCCAAGGCCGCCGCGCUCGCCGCCACCACGUCCACGGUCUCCACGACGACGACAGUUCCUACGGCAACCGCUGUGGCCAUGUCCACGUCAGUCAUUCAGACGGUGCCGAGAGAGAUGACCGACAGACUGACCAGCAGCAGCAGAAUAGACAUCAUGGAAGAGCGGCUCGCGAGCAGCAGAGCUCAGCCCACGCCUCAGGAGCGCAUCCGAGAGGGCAGCCGCAAAAUCUUCGGACCCAAAAAGUCUCCAACAAAAGCUGUGUAUAACGCCAGACACUGGAACCAGCAGCAAGAAGAGGAGCUGCCCCCUCUACCACCACCCUCACGCUCACAGACAAAACCAGCCAGUGGUGGUAGCAGCAGUAGCAGCAGCAGUGCUAAAGACUCCAACCCCCAUAAGGACGAUGGGCUCUUCAAAGCCCCCCCUCCUCCUCCCAAAGUCAUCAAGUCCGUCACCAUACCGACGGUCCCUUACCAGGACAUGGUCACCGCACUGAAGUGCAGGAAAGAGCACAAGGAGUUGUUUACAGUGGUUCAACAUGUGAAGCACUUCAAUGAUGUUGUGGAGUUUGGAGAGAAUCAGGAAUUCACAGAUGACUUUGAGUACCUCGCCACUGGCCUCAAGACUGGAGAACCCUUAAACACACGCUGCCUUAGGUACGGAGUCUCUUUCUCUCUCCGAAGCUGCAGGAUGCACCUGAGGGCGAGAGGGAAAGUAGCCCAGGUCUUCAAGACGCUCAGCGACGCACCCCAGCAUCCGAACCUGGCUCUGUGUACGGCGUCCCUGAUGUACAUCCUGAGUCGGGACCGGCUGAACAUGGACCUGGACAGGGCAUGCCUGGAGCUGAUGAUCCGCCUGCUGGAGCUGGAACAGGACGGAACUGCCCGCGUCCAGCUCACCGCCAAGGAGAUGGCCAAGGUCAAGGAGAAGAUCCGCAAGCUCUGCGAGACUGUCCACAACAAGCACCUGGACCUGGAGAACAUCACGACGGGGCACCUCGCCAUGGAAACCCUGCUGUCACUCACAUCAAAGCGGGCAGGUGAUUGGUUCAAAGAGGAGCUGAGGCUGCUGGGAGGUUUGGACCACAUUGUAGAUAAAGUGAAAGAGUGUGUGGAGAACCUGAGUGAAGAGGAGGACAAGGAGAAACUGGUGGCCUCACUGUGGGGUUCCGAGAGAUGCCUACGCGUGCUGGAGAGUGUGACCGUGCACAACCCUGAGAACCAGUCCUACCUGAUCGCCUACAAGGACUCCCAGCUCAUCGUCUCCUCGGCCAAGGCGCUGCGUCACUGUGAGGAGAUGAUCCAGAGGUGUGUGGAGAGAUGAUCAGAGGGUACACUACCGACCCCACUACCCUACUGCUCCAACAGCAACGUGGGCAAAGCCGUGGAGGACUGCAUGAGGGCCAUCAUAGGAGUGCUGCUCAACCUCACACACGACAACGAGUGGGGCAGCACUAAGACUGGUGAGCAGGAGGACCUCAUCAUCACGGCUCUCAACUGUGUGCUUCGGGUGCCCCAGUACCUGCCCCAAGAACAGCGCUUUGACAUCAGAGUCCUGGGCCUGGGUCUGCUCAUUAACCUGGUGGAGUACAGCGCCCGUAACCGCCACUGCCUAGUGGAGAUGCAGAUGGAUGGCCACGCCCCCUUCACGUCCGUGUUAGUCGGAGAGAAGGAGGAGCUUGCCACAGACACCCCACUCAGUGCCAUCGCCGCUUUAGUACAGGUAGAGUGUGUGUGCGCGCGCGCCUCUGGAUGUUCCAAAUGGUUGUUUCUAAUUGCCUAACGCGUGUGUGUGUAUGAAUGUUACUACUGUGAGAGAACCUGCCCAAAGCGAUUUCUCCAUCUCUCUCUCUCUCUCUCUCUCUCUCUCUCUCUAGCUCUUCAACAUGCUGGGAAGCACAUGGAGGACAGCAUCGUGGCCUCUUACACUGCACUGCUACUGGGCUGUCUAUGUCAGGAGAGUCCAAUGAAUGUUACUACUGUGAGAGAGAACCUGCCCAAAGGCGAUUUCUCCAUCAUGACCGAAAUGCUGAAGAAAUUCUUAAAUUUCAUGAACCUUACAUGUGAUGGUGCCACAGCAGGACAGAAGUCUAUCUCUCGGGUCAUUGACUACCUGGAGCACUGUUAGUGUGUGUGUGUGUGUGUGUGUGUGUGUGUGUGUGUGUGUGUGUGUGUGUGUGUCAAGACCCAGUGUGGACCGGCCGGCUUGGUUCCGCUCGGCCCGUCUCACCAGACUGGCCAAUGACGAGGAUGCUGCAGAACUUCUUGGGCUGAUGCCCUAACAAACACACACACACACACACAUUGUCUUGCUCUCUCACACGCACACACACACACACACACACACACACACACACACAACCUCAUCUUCAUGAUGCCAAGACUCUUUUACGUUGACCUCAGCCUCAAUGAAUGACUAAAAAUAUCUUGUAAAACAUGAACUUUUGCAACAAAAAAAUUAUCUAAAAGAAAAAAAAAAAGUUUGUUAUU